ACAGGCCUGUUUGCGGAAGGAUAGGUGGUGGGGGGAAUCCGUUGAUUCCUUCCUUGCAGCAGUCCGGCGAGGAUCCCUCAAAAAAAAAAAAGCAGUCCGGCGAGGAGAGAGAGAGAGGGCGAGAUGGGGUCGGUGGUGCUGCCGACGCUGCGGCGGAAGCGGGAGGUGGACACCGCCAUCCGCGACACCCUCGACAAGGUCCUCGUCCUCCGAUUCGGCCGCGCCUCCGACGCCGCCUGCCUCCAGCUCGACGACGUCCUCGCAAAAGCUUCUUGGGACAUAUCCAAAUUUGCAACGGUAGCAUUAGUUGACAUGGAUUCUGAGGAGAUUCAAGUGUACGUUGACUAUUUCGAUAUCACGUUGGUCCCAGCAAUCAUUUUUUUCUUCAACGCUCAUCACAUGAAAAUGGAUUCAGGGACACCUGAUCACACAAAAUGGAUAGGCUCUUUCAGCAGCAAGCAAGACUUCAUUGAUGUAGUUGAGGCAGUAUUCAGGGGCGCGAUGAAAGGCAAACUGAUAGUGUCUUGCCCACUUCCACCAGAGAGGAUACCCAGAUUCCAACUUCUUUUCAAGGAUGUCUAAUCACAAGAAGCACACAUUCUCAACAUAUGUAAUGGUCUUUUAGAUAAUGGAAGAGUUUCAUCCCCCCAUCCUCUGCAUACUUAUCCACGCAGCCAGACGCCCAGACCUAAAGAAUAAACUGUUCAUGGUAAGCUAAAAAGGGUAUACUUGAGCCAGGUUCGUGCUAGCUGGUGCAUUCCUUAUUCCUUUUUCUGUUUUUCUGCAACAUGAAUGAUCACAAGAGAUGGACUGCAGGCGGAUAUGAAGAUGUGCUUGUUGAUGAACAAUCAAGAGUUGGCGUUUGCACUGGUUUGCAUCAACUAUGUUUCUCUAUGUUAUUUAUAUCGGGAAAGCUAUUUUCCUGCCGACUGUUGGUUAGCGCCAGGCACGUACGAUUGCUUUUUUCUUUCUUCGAUCUUUCUUUUCUGAUCGGCUCGAUCAGCAGAGCGCCAGGUACGUGCUAUUGCUUUUUUUUUCUUCGAUCUUUCUUUUCUGAUCGGCUCGAUCAGCUUCUGCUCUGUCGUGUAAAAAGAGCUUCAAAAAAGUAGUGCCACGACUAGGAUUCAAACACACAACCUAUUGGUUGUGGCCACGACUCAUUACCAGCUGAGCUGGCUACUUGCUGUGUUUCAUUUUCGGGUUAAUUUGUAUUUCUACCUAGUAAAUGAGAGCGAGAGAAAAAAGACCACAACGCCUUUGAUGAGGACACAAAACCAUUUGCUCCAAGUUUUUUAAAGGGCCGAUGCAACGUGUUUUGUA